AUGCAGCCACUCCCUCCUCCCCCUAACCGGGGCCAGUCUCCUCAAGCCGGGCAAUCCACCGACACUAUAAUACCCCCAAAUACCGAAGGGAAGAAGAAGAGAAAGCACCGCGCAGGAAAGAAGAGGAGGAAUCGCCGCCAAUCCUUUGCUGCUCCACCGUCCGAAGCCUCUGCUCGUCCCAGCAUCGCAGACACGACCGACGAUCCGUUGAUUGAAGAAUCAGCUCAGUCUUCGUUCUAUCAACUUGGUCCUUCGACCCUGAGUCGAGACAGCCUCGAUAGUGAAGCGCUGUUGGAUCACCGCGAGCAACAGUCCUACCGUCCACGACGAGAUAGCCGCCUGAAUCCAAACAUCUUUUCCCAGUCCUACCGAGGAGGCUCUUUUCCCCGUCCAGAUAAUAACGCCCGUCGAUCCUAUCGCAGAGAUCCAGAUCUACCCAGUCCUGGCCCAAGGGCUGCUCCGAACGAGGACGAUGAUGAUACCUCUGAUCGAACUCCCCUGCUACUGGGUGGCUCUCAGCACAGGAGUCCUGUCGACACGGGCUAUGGUCUUUUCAGAACGCAAUCUCAUCAUUCUACCCUCUCAACCACCUCCAAGAAACAAAAAAAGCGCACAAACACGACGGUGACCUCCCUCCCACGAUCAGACCAUACUUACGAUGUCAACAACCCUCCCUCCGUUCCAGCUAGUCCCAGCUUCGGGCCUCAAUAUGACGACGUCAUGGUAGACGAUGGGAAUUUCUUACCUCGAUCGGCGGACAGCAGGAGAAAUCUCUCUCUUGCUGGAAGAGAUAUCUUGAUCGACAUCGACAACAAUGGACCCACCGGCUCAAACUCCGCUCCACCUAGUCCCAGACUGCAUCCUGAAGGCACGCCGCGUCACCGAGCAAUGACCCUACCGGUUGAGGGCGAUGUUUGCUUCCCGGGCGAUGAAGCUGCCUCUGAGGUUGCUGAUGAUUACUUGGACCGUCCAAGGCCGAACGGGAGAUCGUCUGGUGGCGCCCGUAGGAGACGGCGCGAGCGCGAAUGGCCGCAAGUUUGGGUUCUCGACGACUGGGCUCGUCAUGAGAAGGAGGCAAGAGCUGGCGAACGGAGAGUCAAGAAAAUCAGCGAGCCUGUUUUUGUCAAUGGAAGGCUUCGUGCUCCGAAGAACGCCUGGCAUCGUGUUGAGGGUGACGUUCAAUACCGCUAUACUUACUUCAACGAGGAAUUUGAGAGCACCAUCCAUUCCGAGUCCAUCUCUGAACUGGUCCAGCCCGGCUCCUCUUUCCGCGAAUUGUUUAUCCCUGAUCCACCCGAGCUCAGCGACUCGAGUAGCAGUGAAGACGAGGAUCAUGUUGACAAGCAGAAAGAUCCCGCUCAAAGUGGUGUGCAAAGCCCUAACAGUCAAGCUGGCCAACUUGAAGGGCCAGCUACCAUCUCGACCCUGUCCAACAAUCUCAAGGCCAAUACUGGUUCCAGUAUCAAAGGCUCUGAGAAGACGUCGGGCUCAGCCACCCCACAAAAAAAAGCAGCCUCUCCUCGCCCGACGAAAGCCAAGAAGUAUGGUCCUCGUCCAACAUUCUGGCUGGAUGUUCAAAGCCCGACCGAUCAAGAAAUGCGGGUUCUAUGCAAGGCUUUUGGUAUUCAUGCACUGACUUCUGAGGAUGUCAUGUUGCAAGAGGCACGAGAGAAGGUCGAACUCUUUCGAAAUUACUACUUCAUCAAUUAUCGAACUUUUGAGCAAGACACCCAAAGUGAGGACUACCUCGAGCCCAUCAAUAUGUACGUCUGUGUCUUCAGAUACGGCAUCAUCACCUUCCACUUUUCUCAGAUUCCUCACCCUGCCAACGUACGUCGUCGCAUCCGACAACUCUCCGAUUAUCUGAUACUGAGCGCCGAUUGGAUAUCUUACGCCAUCAUCGACGACAUUACUGAUGUUUAUCAACCAUUGAUAACGUCAAUUGAGGAAGAGGUCGAUGACAUUGAUGACCUUAUUCUCAAGUACUUCUCCGCCACCAAUGAGCUUGGUGGUGAGAAGAACCCCAACAACGAGAAAGACCCUGAUUCGAGCGAGACCUCUAGUGGGAUGGAAAUGCUCAUUCGAAUCGGACAAUGUCGCAAGAAGGUCAUGUCAUUGUAUCGAUUGCUUGGUAACAAAGCAGAUGUUAUCAAAGGCUUCGCCAAACGUUGCAAUGAGCAAUGGGAAGUGGCUCCCAAAUCCGAGAUUGGUUUGUAUCUUGGUGAUAUACAGGAUCAUAUUUUGACUAUGACCGGAAACUUGUCACAUUAUGAGACACUUCUCGGUCGAGCGCACAACAACUAUCUUGCCCAGGUCAGCAUCAACAUGAACGAAAGACAGGAAAAGACAGCAGAUGUGCUAGGCAGGUUGACUGUGCUUGGAACGAUCGUUCUUCCCAUGAAUAUUAUCACGGGAAUGUUCGGUGGUAAUUUCAAGGUCCCGGGUCAAGAUGUCGAUAAUCUGAACUGGUUUUGGGGUACCACGGCAGGACUGGUCAUUUUUGGCAUCAUCUGUUUCUAUUGGUGUAAAAAAGUAUACAAGGUCGUAUGA